AUGGAGGACUGCCUUCACACCUCCUCCGAAAAUCUCUCCAAGCUGGUGAGCUGGGCCCACAGCCAUGGGACCAUCUGCAGCCUCAUCCCCAACCUCAAGCACCUGCUUUCCGAAGGGGCCCAUGGCAACCUGACAGCCAUGUGGGGCUGUAGUGCUGGCCAUGCCUACCACUGGCCCCUGGCUGCCACUUGCCGGGCCGGCUCCCAGGAGCGCGUCUGCUUCCAGGACAGCCGCAGCUUCAACUCAGACAGCCCCAGCAUGCUAGGGGUGCCAUCAGAGGCUCAGGCCAGCCCCCUGGAGCGCUACCCAGGCCGGCCAGGGAAGGCCAAGCUGGACUGCACCCGCACUCGUGACUCCUGUGACUUCUACUGCAGCGAGCCCUCAGAGCUGGGCGAGCCUGUGGAGGAGUACGAGGAUGAGGCCACCCUCUUUGACAUGGUCUGUGAGUCCUCUGUCACUGAUGAGGACAGUGACUUUGAGCCACACCCGCCCCGUGCCCCCACCGGCCCCCGCAAGCGGCCGGCUGCCCAGGCCCAGGCCCAGGGGCAGCCCGCUGACGAGGGCAGCGGUGACGUGCUCCUCAAGAAGAUCAAGCAGGAGCUCCCUGAGGACUACUAUAUAGUGGCCAACGCGGAGCUGACGGCUGGCACCGACGGACCAGCCCUGGCCCUGACGCAGAUGUCCAAGCCCAAGCCGCAGCCCCCAGCUGGGCCCUCCUGCCUGGGACCCACCAGGACCAUGCCCCAGCCGGCCACUGGCCCUGAACCCGACCCGCAGCGCCCCUGUGCCUCCCCUCCUGGCCCGCCCCGCAUGGCCGUGCAGCGGCCACCCCGGGGACCCCUGGCCUCCCCGCCAUGGGGUGCAGGCGGUAGCCCUAUGGCUGCCUUGCAGGUGCCAGCCACCAGCUCCAAUUCCAUCACCACUGCUGGGAAACCCAUCAGCAUCCCCCUCUCAGCCCUGCAGCUGCCCGGUCAGGAGGAGCCACCGGCGGCUGGUGAGGAGACCCUCCCGUCCAUCCCACAGCUGGCCCCGGGUGGUGAGAUGGCCGGCUCCCCCUCGGUGAGCGCCGAGCCUGAGGUCAGCUCCAGCCAGCAGCAGCCCCACGCCGCACCCACCACCACCCCCGAGGCAGUAGUGCAGCCGAUGCCAGACCAGGAUGAGAGAGCAGCAGAGCUCAGCAGGGAGCAGAAUGAGAAGACCAUUCGCAGCACGCAGACAGCUCUCCGAAAUUUCCGAGAAUUCCUCAUUUGCAAGUACCCCUCUGAGACCCGUGAGAUCUAUGUCAUCCCCUGCAAAGAGCUUGAUGCCUACCUGGCCUCCUUCUUUGUGGACGCCAGACAAAAAGAUGGGUCUGAAUAUGAGCCAAACAGUCUGGCCAACUACCAGUGUGGACUGGAGCGGUAUCUCAAAGAGCACAGGUAUGGAUACAGUAUUACAAGGGAUAAGGAGUUCAAGAGGUCCCAGGAAGCUCUAAAGCAAAAGCAGAUAGAGCUGAGGUGUAAAGGCAAAGGAAACAAGCCACACAAAUCCAUGAAACUCACCUUUGCUGAUGAGCUUAUCCUGCGUAAAAGAGGCUUAUUGAGCCGGUACAAUCCUGAAGGGCUUCUGAACCUUGUGUGGCUGAACAAUACCAAGGCGUUUGGACACUGCACCGGUUUCCAUGGGUCCACUCUCAAGUGGGGAGACAUCCGUCUGCGGGUGACAGAGACUGGGUUGGAGUACCUGGAGUGGAUGGGACCAGACAGCGGGGAUGUGAGUACCAAGAGCAAGAGAGGAGGGACGGACUCGCGGGUGUAUGCCACGCAGCACUCCCCGCAGACCUGCCCCGUGCAGGACUACAAGGAAUACGCCCAGCGGCGCCCUCCGGCCAUGCGCUAUGAGGAUGCGCCUUUCUACCUGUCCAUCAAACCUGUUGUCAACUUGGCUGCCCUUCACUGGUACAAUUGUCAAGCCCUGGGGAAAAACAAGCUUGCUAAGAUGGUGAAAACGAUGUGUGAGAAAGGCAACAUCCCUGGGCGCAAGACCAACUUCAGCGUCUACCAGAGCUGCAGCACCCUCUCAGAAGCUCAGAGCAACCAGCUGGUGCUGAUCUGCAAUAACUUGAGCCAGCAGGCUGCCCAGUCCAUGGCUAGCCACUCCAAUACUGGCAACUUCAUAGUAUCAGCAUCCUAUGACUCUUCAUCUGACACAGCUUGA